AUGGGCCCAGCCCCUAUCUUCAUUACUGCUCUGACAGCAAAGGUGAUCGUCGAAUCUACAACGAACAUGUCACAGCCAACAACCUUUCUGAGGUUCGCAAGUCCUAAUGAACGCCGCACCAUCAGCCGAGAAGAUGUCGGCUAUUACAACGCCCUUAUCAUAGCAGCAGUCUACGAGAUUGCAGGUGAAGACGUAGACGUUACUUCAACUCAGUCUUUCAUUUCUCCCUUGAAGUACUGCAUCCAGGAGCACCCAUUCCUGAGUGUGAUCGUCAAGGACAAACAUACAGAAAACCCCGCUUUCGAAGGAGCUUCAAGCAUGAACCUCGAAGACCAUAUCUUGAUAGUCCAUGACGAGACCAGUGACGAGAUAACUGCUUUUCAAAACAUCCUCCCGCCGAUCCUUGACCGGCCUUGGACCGCUGAUGUGCCCCCAUGGCGAAUUGUUGUCCUUCCUCUAGCUUCGCAUGACUCCAAAGUGAAGCGUUGCUUUAUAGUCUUUUCGUUCUCCCAUACCCUCGGAGAUGGCAUGGUUGGAUUGACAUUCCAUCGUACUUUCUUAAACGCAUGGCAGAAGAACACCAUCGCAGAUGAGAAAGAGUCCUUCUUAGUGACACCACCAGCGCAAGUGCUCACGGCGCCCUUCGACACGCCUGAAAAACUCCCCAUAUCCUGGAAGUUCCUCCUGGCACCCCUGCUAGCAGUGUAUCUACCAGAUUUCCUGAACAACCUCUUCGGUCUCCGCCCAGCCGUCAGCCCAGUCGAUGAUGGCACAUGGACAGGCGCGCCCAUUUUCGUCAACCCGAACACAACAACCAGACUCAGAAUCCUCGAGAUUGAAGCCCCGCUAGUCAAGAACGCUCUACAAGCAGCAAGAUCCCACGAUGCCAAGCUCACCGCAACUAUGCACCUACUAAUCGCCCGGGCCUUGAGCCAGGCUUUUACCGACCCCAAGAUCACCAAUUUCGUCUCCGGGACGGCGGUCGAUAUGCGCUCAUCCGUCGGAAUCCCAGCUUACACGUGGGGCCUCUACGUAAAUGGUCAUUACGAGGCCCAUUCACGUAUACAUGAGAUCGGGCCCGAAUUCUCAGAUGAAAUGUGGGCUUCUGCAAGCUCCAUUACGAAGAGAUUAGCCGAAUGCCAUGUGAGACUACAUGAUCAAGCCAUCGGUCUUUUGAGAUACGUUCCCAGCAUAAGAAAAUGGAUACAAGGGAAAGUUGGGCAUGCAAGAGAUUGCUCGUUUGAAUUCAGCAAUCUGCUUGCCUUUGAUGGUGGUCGGAAUCCGGAUUGCAAUAUUAGCAAGAUGGUUUUUUCGAGGCCUGCUAAUCCCAUUAGCGCGCCUAUGGACUUUAACGUUAUUAGUUGUAAGGGGAGUAGCUUGAUCUGUACGAUUAGUUGGCAAGCUGGAGCUUGGGGUGUGCCUGUCGAGGAGGAGAGGGUGUUGGUUGAUGGCAUAUGCUCAUCGCUUCGACAAGGGUUCGAGGCCUUCUGA